GGCGGGGGUACGAGCGGGGUUAUGGUGGGUGGCGAGGGGGGUGGAGCAGGGAUGUGGGCUGAGCUGACGGCUCCAGCGCUGCGGGAGUUGGUGCUGGAUGGGAACCCGCUGGGUCAGGCGGGCGUGCUGGCGACCAUGAGGCUGCUGCAGGUCAACUCCGUGCUGCGCCAGCUGUCCCUCUCCAACGUCACCAUCACCCCGCUGCCCGGGGAGCCGCUGGACCUGGACCCCGCGCACCCCAACGGCAGCUACACACUCGACCUGGCGGACCCGGAGCACCGCAAGGCUGCCGCCACCCUGGUGUCGCUGUGGCACUCCUCUGGCGGCUCCUCCUGGCUCUCCGCCACCCUCAACGGCCUGCCCGUGCACCUGCCGCGAGCUGCGGCAGGCAGCGUCACGACAGGAGGGGAGGGCGGAGGCGCGGCACCGGCAGCCGCAGCAGGCAAGGGGGG